AUGGUCUUUGGUCGCAGCUGCCUGCGCGCGGAGCACCUGGGCACGGGCGUGGGCGUGCAUUUUGGGGCACUAGAGGUGCUUUUGCCUCACUCUCACUCACACGCCUUUUCCCCCACACGUCUCGCCAAUUCCUCUCCUCUCCCCCAGGUGGCAAAAGACCCUCUCCUCGCAGUGCCUUCCCGAGAUGGUCUUUGGGCGGAGCUGCCUGCGCGCGGAGCACGAGAGCACACACGCGGGUGUGCGGUUGGGAGGUGGCAGGCGGCUCUCUCCUCGCAGUGGCUUCCGGAGAUGGUGUUUGGGAAGAGCUGUCUGCGCGCGGAGCACCUAGGCACGGGCGUGGGCGUGCAGCUGGGGGCGCUAGAGGCGCUGAGAGGGUGGAAGGAGGCGCGGCUGCCCCCUGUCAAGGUGCCUGCUGCUGCCGCGUGGGGGAAGAGAAGCUGCCCAUCCACGGAUAUCAUUCUCGAUUAUGACUACACCUUCACCACCCCCUACCGCGGCUCCAUUAUUACCAGUAGCAGUGCUUCCCUUUCACCUGAGAGCAGCAUGGCCGGCAGCAGCAACAGCAACAGCAGCAGCAGCAGCAGCACCACCACCACCACCACCACCACCACCACCACCAGCACCCACGCACCUGAUGAUGUCAGCGCACCCCUCGCAUCAUGUGUUGCUGACAUCAGCAUCAGCAACGCCGACAGAGGUCUAGCUGUUGGAGCAGGAGGAGAGGGGGAAGAAGGGAGAGGGGCGAGAGUGAGAGCAGAGGGCAUGAGGGAGGGAGAGGUGGAGGGAGCAGGGGAGACAGCACAGGUGGUGAGGGAAGUGCAAGCCGUUUGGCCUCAAUCUGAUGCUUUUGGUGCUGGUGGUGUUGGGGUUGGAGGGGAAGGGGGUGGGGGAGAAGGAGGGAGUGUGGAGAAACGGAGUCUAAGAGGGGCGGAGGGGGAAGAGAACAAGGGGAGUGGGGGAGAAAAGGAAGGGAGGGGAGCAGGGGGAGGAGGAGAGUGGGAGGCGGAGUGGGUGGCGUGUGGGGAGGGCGAGGGCAUUGACUGGGCCUUGCUGCAACGCCGCGACCCCAUCCUCUUCUCCGAUGAGGUGGUGCUAUAUGAGGACGAGUUGGCUGACAGUGGCAUCUCCCUCCUCACUGCCAGAGCCAGGGUCAUGCCGACCUGCUGGUUCAUCCUCCUCCGCUUCUGGCUGCGAGUGGACGGGGCUCUCAUGCGCCUGCGCGACUCGCGCUUCUUCUGCGCCUUCACCACCACACCUGCUCCCGUGAACCCUUUCUCUCCGCCAUCCGCCCUCGCAUGCCCUCAGCCUCCAACCUCAGCUUCCCCCACCCUUGCAACCGCCGCUGCAACAGCAGCCCAAACCGCUGCAGCAGAUGCUGCUGCUGCUGUUUCUGCUGCAGCUGCAGUAUCACACUCGCAUCGCACACAGCAGCAGCAGCAGCAGCAGCAGCAGGAAAAGGAGGAGAAGCGAGAUAUGGGCCGGGAUGGGCAAGAUAGAACACGGGAUGAGGAGGGGAAGCAUGGCAUGCCUAUGGUCGUUCGAGAGUACACGGAACGAGAGGACACUUUCGCUGCUCUGGCUGCUAAGGGUUACCCCUCGGAUCCGGCAUUCUAUUCGGACCCCUUUCAAGUCACCGACAAGCUCGCCAUCGUGCGCUCUCGGACAGAGAAGUUGCUGACAAAAAGACGCGUGGUGAUGCUACAGUAG